UUCAUUGGUGUGACUUGACUUCCCCACAUAACUUACUUGGUUUAUAAUUAUAAUAGCAAAUAAUAAAUAAUCCACACCAGGUCUGUUAUAAUAUAAUGGGGUUAUCACAAGUUUUUUUUUUAUACAGUGUUUAUUAUAUUUGGAACUUGAGAUGUCAAAAUUACAGAUAUCAACAACUAUACUACUAACUGUCAACUAACUAAUUUAAGAGACAUUGCCAGUUAAUUUGUGAAGAUGAAUAGAAAUCUUCAAUCACCAACAACAUUGACAGAGUUUGCUCCUCUCAGUCCCGAACCUGAAGACACCCCAGGGAUAACUUAUCUAUUUUCCAAGUUUUUCAAGAGAAGUAAUACCAGCCAGGCUCUUGAUACAAAAACAACAUCUGCAGCAGUUGUUGGAGAUGGUGCCACCACACCAGAGAUUCCAGUAUCUCCUGAAAGUAGGUGGCCUGACAAUCCGGAAUUCAAUAAGGAUACACACUCGGACACUAGCAGUCUACCUAGCUUGGAUUUAGAGGAAGGAAGAAGUCUGCCAAAUGUCCUCAGAAGGAUCAGCAAUCUCCUUGCUCUCAAAAGCUCUGGGCUCCAAUCCUACAAGGACACUGAAUUGAAGCAGUAUUGGAUGCCUGAUUCAGUCAGCAAAGAAUGCUACGAUUGUGGAGAAAAGUUUACAACAUUCCGCCGAAAACACCACUGCCGUGUCUGCGGGCAGAUAUUUUGCUCUAAAUGCUGCAAUCAAGAGAUUCCAGGAAAAAUAAUGGGUUGCACAGGAGACCUGCGUGUGUGCACAUACUGUGGCAAGGUGGUUCUGGCUUACCUCCAAUCCAAAGACAUGGGAGCAGAGCUAUCCUCAGAUCUGCGUGCGCUACAGCAGGAUCUACAGACCAAGUUUGGGGCUUCAGACGCAGCCUUAUUCCCAUCUGUGUCGUCUAGCCUGACCAAUCUGUCCGUACAAGCCAGCGAGCAAGAUGACCAAGUUAAACGUAAACCUUCUGUUGGCUACCAGGAGGAGAGGUUCAUCCAGUCAAGACAGUAUAGCAGUAGUGAGCAGAGCUCCCCUCUUCACAACCUGGUCAAUGAACUGUCACAUCCGUCCAGUGGGCUGACUGCCAGACUAGGCUAUGGUGUCUUCACUGCUAGUCAGCUGGUCGACUGGCUGAUGUUGCAGAACAGGGCGUCAAUCAGAUCGCGAGGGGUUGCUAUCGGCCAAGCUCUACAAGAUACUGGGUACAUUGAGAGUAUUGGUCCUGAGACAACAGAGUUUGCUGACAACGCCGCAAUGUUCCGUUUACGUGAACCUCACUCGCCUUCUCGCACACCACCUCCGCCCUCGUCUGACGAGCUCUGGCCUCAUGAGACACCCCACGACUGUACGACCACUGACUCUGAGUCGGAGUGUCCUGCUUCGGAGACUAACAUCCCCUCCUCCUCCAGUCUGUUCCGGCUAGAUCUCAAUGUAGAAGACAGCACAGUGCACAUCAGUAGACCUGCACCCUCAGCACCACCUCGCCGCAGAAAGACCACCACUAGUACAGGGGACAAAGACCCAGUGGACACAGCUGGGAUGGUAGUGAAGGCGUACCAAGAGGGUUCACGUGAACCUGUCAACUGGUACAACACUUCCCCCAACAGUCUGCGCACCGACAAUGCCGAGAGACAAGCCUACCUCACUCUCAAUGGCUGUUUCCAGCAGCACUUGACGGUGUUGGUGAAGCAGCUGUUGAAUGCCGAGGGAUUAGCUCAGUCUUGGUCGGAGACUGUGUUACCUCUCGCGCAGACUGUCGUGGACACAGUGAGACCAGAUCUGCGCAACGACAACGACGACAUGGACAUACGACAGUACGUCCAGCUAAAGAAGGUGAGUGGUGGGUCACGAGCUGACAGUUGUAUCAUUGGAGGCGUUGUUUGUCGUAAGAACCUCGCUCACCGAGCCAUGCCCACCAGACUCGCCAAUCCUCGCAUCUUACUGCUCAGCUGUGCCAUUGUGUAUCAACGUGUUGAGGGGCGACUCAUGUCUCUGGAGCCAGUUAUGAUGCAGGAGCAAGAGUACCUUAGACACACAGUGGCUCGUAUUGCAGCCAUGGCGCCGGACUUGGUACUGGUGCAGCGCAACGUGUCCCGGCUUGCACAAGAGAGCUUGUUGCGGCUCGGCAUCAGUCUGGUGCUCAACGUCAAGUCCAGCGUGUUGGAGCGUGUCGCUCGCAUGACUGGUGCUGACAUUGUUAAGAGCAUUGAUGCUCAGGUGUGCCGCCCGCAGCUCGGCAAGUGUGCUAACUUCUAUGUGAAAACGUUCACAUCAGAAACUGGAGCAACCAAAACCCUGAUGUUUUUGGAAGGCUGCUCCUCUCCCCAUCUCGGGUGCACGGUACUGCUGAGAGGAGCUCCAAUCAACGAGUUGGCUAAACUGAAGCGGGUCACUAGCUGGCUGAUCUAUGUUUUGUACAACUGGAGAUUGGAAUUAUCCUUUCUGAUGGACGAGUUUGCCCGCCCGCCCUCGCUUAAAGACGAUAACUUUUUUCACGACAACUCCAAUUCUUCACCCAGUGACGAGAAACCUUCCACUCUUUCUCCAUUAAAUGAAAAGGAUUUUCUCCCCAAUAACCCUCUAGCCCAGUAUUCCCAACAUAGAAAAUCUGAAAUUGAAAGUUCUCAGAAAAAUAGUGAUGGUGAAAAAAUUAAUGUUGACAAAGAAAAUGAAGAUUCCACUAAUAGAAUAGCUAUUAUGAAGAUGAAAGGUGAUUCAAACAAAGUUACCAAGUUGGCUAAAGAGAAAUCAGUGAGUGAGGAACGGAGGAUAAAUGUGGAAUCUGUGAGUGACUUUAGUGAUCCUCUACAUUCUUACUUGAACCUGGAUGAUGAAGUGUUUAGCGAGACCAACAACGGACAAUCGUUUGCUGUGUCGGAGCCUCUACAAUCCAACCGGUUCAGGAAAGCAUUGGACGAUACGUUGCUCACCGUUUCUCCAUUUUUAAAGUUCAGCGUGCCUUACUUGGAGACGGAGAGUGGUCGCAACUGUCUACUCAGAAGGUACUUCCCCGAGACAGUCUACUGGACUGCUCAGCUGGAGGACAAACCUACAGCUCCGUCUAGAGCUUCCAACACAGAGUCUUCCAACAAAGAUGCCCUUCUGAAGCUCAACGGGGUCAAACUUGGUCCUGUACAUCCAUUCGUCACAGCCAAAUUCACACAGCCAGUCAACAGUGAUGAAGUGCAGACUCUAUUAGCGUUGUACCGUGCCAAGGGGGGACGCCUGCCUCUGACCCCCCAGAACUCCCAACCUGCCCCCCCUGGCCCCAUCGCUCCGUCUCCCCCUCCACCAGUCGACUCUCUAGAUCCUGCCAAACAUCAGAGAUUAGCCGUUCUUUUUUGCAGCUUUUCCCCUGAAUCUCCGAAUGCACCUGCGUUUUGCGUUAACCCUUGGGUGGUUCAUAUGGACUACUAUGGCCGUAAUGACAUUCCCCUUGGUGCUUUCCUAGAGAGAUAUUGUUUCCGAAGUUCCUACGUCUGUCCGUCUGACCGCUGUGAUACUCCGAUGGUGAAACAUGUGCGAAGAUUCGUUCAUGACGGAGGUGCUGUACAGAUUACCUUGCGGGAGAUUGAAGGAGCCCCUCACACUGAUGAUAACAACAUCCUCAUGUGGAGAUAUUGUACUGCAUGCAAUCAACAGGUGACACAAGUAAUGCGCAUGUCUAAUGACACCUGGGCGUUCUCCUUUGCCAAGUACCUGGAGCUGCACUUCCACGCAGGACUGUACACUCCACGAGGAGUUGACUGUACACACUCGCUACAUCAGUCCUGCAAGCAGUUCUUCGGCCACAAGAACAUGUUUGCUUACUUCCAGUACCACAAGAUCUCAGUGUGGGAGAUCUCCCUGCCGCCGUUGCUGCUGGUGACUCAAGCUGUGACGCAGGCUGUACAUCAGGACAUAGUACUGGAGGAGGUGAAGAGAUGGGCACUCAACGGCUACGAGGUGUUCAGUGCUAUACUCAACAGACUGUGCACCCUAGCGUCCAACGGAGAAGCAGGUGCAAUGGUUAUGAAGCAACAGCUGCAGAAAGAACAGGCUUUGUUUAAGAGUCGGGUUGAGGAGAUUCAGCUGCGUCUCACCUCACCUACACACUCUUCUGACCCAGAAAAAGCUCCCAAACUACAGUAUCUGUGGCACAUAGAAGAUUCCCUGGUGGGCCUCAAGCGAAGUAUCGCUGAGGCGGUGUGUGACUGGAACACCCGACUUUCGGAGGCUGAAGCGGCGUAUCACAUCCGUCGGAGGGAGGAGAAGAACAAAAAGACCUUGGAUAAGACUUCAUCUUCAGCGGGAUUGGGAGAAAUCAUUGAUGGGAUGAUGACCAACCAAAUACUCGAUGUCCAGACCCCAGACAGUCCUCGCCUAGCUCGCAGACCUCUUGGCUCCCAGCUGAGUCAGGGUUCCCUACACUCUGCCAUCGAUGUCACAGAGGUAGAAGAUUCUCACGACACUCUGGUCGAGGACUCUAUCUUUACUGGGGACUUUGAUGAGUCUGGUGAUAAUAAGGACAUCAGACCCAACAGUAUUCAGAUAAAUCCAGUGCUCAGUGAAACCUCUUCAAUUGCAGAAGCUAAGAUCAGCCCUGUCACAAACAUGAUCUGUGAAUCAGAAGAAGUUCAAGAGAGGAAAUCGUCAGAUCAUCCUGGAGAUGAAGAUGUAGAUACGAGCACAGGUCAGGGCUCUGUCUGCAAGGAGAAUCAUCCUAAACACCCUCUGACAGACAGAGUCAGCGUUAAACAGAUUCUGUCCCAGCUGCUUCCUAAAGACACCCCGGUCAACCCGUUGCAGUGUCCAAUGAGCCCUCAGGAACAUUAUACUCUGCCUCCUGGAGUAUCUGUUCCCGUGGUUGUUUAUGAGCGAGAGCCAAGCUCCAUUAUUGCGUACGCACUGAGUUGCCAUGACUACCGGACAGGGUUGGAGGAAAUACGAGCCAAGAAGACAAAUACAUCUGACCAGUCUACUCAAAGUCCGUUGCUCAAGCGCAAGUCUGGUAGUCUGGAGACGAAGGAGUCAGCUGCUGAGGGAAACACAAGUGACAGCCGUAAACCAGGCGUUCUUUCUUUCCUUAGGACCACCAGUAGCAGUGGUAACCUGAACCAGGGCGUGGCAGGGGCUGGGGUAGGGGAAGGCCCAACUGAGGUGGAGGAGGGGGUAAAGUCAGAAUCGGAACCAAUCAAGUCUAGAGGCAGUAAGGAUAAACCAUCAUCACAUCUUGAGGUUCAGUUUGCAGACUCUACAGCAAAUUUCAUAGUAAAGAUCUACUAUGCAGAGGAGUUUGCCCGUUUGAGAGCCACUAUAUUUCCGGCUGGUGAAGAUGCUUUUGUACGAUCCCUGAGUCGCUGUAUACAGUGGGCAGCCCGAGGGGGGAAGUCUGGCUCUAACUUUGCCAAAACUAAAGACGAUCGUUUCAUCCUGAAAGAGAUGUCAAGGACAGAGACGCACCCCUUUAUGGACUCGGCCCCGCAGUACUUUGACUACAUGGAUCACUGUGUCAAGUCCGGCUCACCCACAUUGCUGGGCAAGAUUGUUGGCGUGUAUCGUAUAAUGUACCGCAGCACUACGUCCAACGCGACGUUCCGCAGCAACCUGCUGGUCAUGGAGAAUCUGUUCUACGCACGACAAGUCAAGCACAAGUUCGACCUGAAGGGCUCAGUGAGAAACAGACUCGUCAAUCCAAUGGAACAUGGUGGAGAAAUCGUUCUGCUUGAUGAGAACUUGAUAAAUAUGACGUGUGACAGUCCGUUGUACAUUCUGCCGCACUCCAAGACAGUUCUGAUGCAAGCCAUCCAGUCGGACACACUGUUCCUGGCCGGCCAGUCUGUCAUGGAUUACUCACUUCUGGUCGGAUUGGAUGAAACCAACAAGGAACUAGUGGUUGGCAUCAUUGAUUACAUCAGAACUUUUACAUGGGACAAACGACUGGAGACAAUGGUAAAGAAGUCUGGUUUGUUGGGAGGGCAAGGCAAACUCCCGACCAUUGUAAGCCCGGAAGAGUAUAGAGACAGGUUCAUUGCUGCUAUGCAUCGUUACUUCCUGCCUGUACCCGACCAGUGGACGGGUCUGGGCAAGGGGCUGGACUUUUAAGAGUUCAAUUUUGCUGAUAUAUUCAGAACUCUUUGUUACCAAGUUAAUUUUAGUGUAAAAAUGAAAUAUUGUUCCUUUGUUGUCCAGAAGCCUGUGGUCCUAAAAUGUGAAGUUGGUACAUAAAAAGGCAAUUUUCUUUUAUUCAGGGUACAGUUGCCGGUGCACUGAUUGGGGAUUGUAUGAAAUGUAGGUAUAAAAUUUAGACCCGUCCAUACAUUGUGUAAAAACAGCUCCUACUUAUUUACAAUAUUGAAUGACUUCCUAUCAAGUAUCAAUAUUUUUAGAGAGAAUGCCUUGAUAUGACGCUUUUUAUUGAUUUUGUUAAGUUUAAUAUAUAUGUACCGUUGCCAAAAACAGUAUACCAAAAAUAAUAUUUUUAGAACUAAUAAGUGUAAGAUAUUUGUGUGCUUCGUUUUCUUAUAACUAUUACCAGUUAUGGGACUUCACACAUUCCAAAUUAUUUACAUGUCACAGCCUAUCAGACACUAGCCUAAGUGGCCUUAAAGAACCCUUUCAUUAUAACUGUUAGAGAGAAAAACGCAAAACGCAUAGCAAGUGUUUUUAAGUUAAAUAUGUAUUGUUGCUAAUUUAAUUUUUACAUGGUUUUUGUCGUGUUGCAUAUUAUUGACAUUAACUAAUUGAAAAUGAAAUGUAAAAAUAUUCAAGAAAUUUAGGAAUAAAGUUAAUGUUUGUUGGUUUGACAGAGUAAUACAUGUUUCAUAUAAAUUACGGUAAUAGCAUUUUGUAUUUAAUAUCAAGAAAGAAAUUAUUUUGGGAGCUAAAUUAAAAUUAUAAAGGUAAAAAUUUACGAAAUUAACAUUUAUGAAAUCAGUUAUCUUUAAGGAUGUCUAAUAGGUACCUGGGUAUGCAUUACAACUGAGGGUAAAUACUCAGAUUUUUCAUAAGUACCUCUGGAUAUUCAAAUUAUUAUUUAGCUACAAGCUUCACUUGAGUUUUAAUUUAGCAUAGAUAUACAAUUGAUAUGUUUUAAUAUUGUAAAUUAAUAGGUUCACUGUUCAAAUAAUUGUCUUACACAAACAUUUAUGUAACUAAUAUUUUUUUAAUGAUGCUUUUUCCAAAACUUUUAAAUAUUUUAGCUACAAAGUAAUUUUGGAAAGGUAAAGGGUAUCUAUUGCAUUAUUGUUAUACUUUAGCAGGUGAAUUUUGGACGCUAUUAAAUAUAUGGCUAUUAAAUGUAAUGGGGUGUAUAUAUUGUUAUUGUACAUAUAUAAUAUGUAUAUAUUGCCCCUUGUUUCUUAUAUUGUUGUCACUGUUCUACUAGGCUAUUUCAAUUGUUACAUUAUUUUAAGAUAUAAUUUAUUGCACAUUGUGUAAAUGAAACUGAUAAUAUCCAUAUUACAAAGAAAGAUUGUAUAGUAUAAAUGUAUUUUACCAAUUUUAUUUGUAAAUAGAAAUAUUCUUACGUACCUACAAAAUACAAAUAAUGUGAUAGUAUCUAUUAAAAGUCAAAGCUAUGAUGA